AUUACUUGUUAGAUGUUUUGACGUAACGAAAACGAUUUCGAUAUAUAUAUUUAGUAGAAUUGGUAUAUAAUAGACAGCACAAAAAAUAGAAUUAUUUAUCAGGUGACGUCAUCUAUCGUCACACCACCAGAAUCGCGCGACCGCGAUCGCGAAAAUGAAACGCACGUUGUUCAGUAUGAAUCGAAGCGUCUGUCACGUUGACGUUUUUGUUGUAGUUUGAGGUUAAGUGUACUACGUACGUACCGUCAUCCGCGAGGUGUCCCGUUUUAAAAGAGAAAAUAUGUAAACGACUCGUAGUUUCGAUGACAAAUUCCGAUUUGGGACGCGUCCAGAAAAUGGGAGAAUCCUCCAUUCUCGAUUGGACCCCGUUGGAGAUCGAAAUCUGGUUAAAAAAGGAAGGUUUUGAUGAAGACGUCGUCAAGUUCGUCUGUGUGGAAAACAAGGUUAACGGGAAAUGUCUUUUAGCCAUAAAUGAAUCAGAUUUUUCGAUAGAUCCGUUAUGCAAACUUCCAUUAAAAGAUCGUAAAUUAUUAUACAUUGCUCUUCGCGCCCUUCAACGCGAAAAUCAAACGUUGAUGAUGGAACUUGGUUUAGUAGAAUUACCUUCAGUGAUUUAUCCGGGACACCAUCAACAACAUUUUCAACAACGUAGUGAAUUAAACGAUUUUUAUUAUGAAUCAGACCGUAUUUCGCCUCCCGCUUCUGAAGACGGAAGGGCUUCAAAACUUCCACCAGAAAUCGGUAAAGCCUUCCUUAGCUUUUGCUAUGUGGUCGCCGUCACGUGGAUCACCGCUUUUGUGAUGGUUAUUGUGCACGAUCGCGUACCAGAUAUGAAACGAUAUCCUCCUUUACCUGACAUUUUCUUGGAUAAUGUGCCACAUAUUCCUUGGGCCUUCGAUAUGUGUGAAGUGACCGGAACUUUUUUAUUUACAAUUUGGUUAAUUGUACUUCUAUUUCAUAAACAUAGAUUUAUACUGAUGAGAAGGUUUUUUGCCUUAUCCGGAACGGUGUUUCUUCUCCGUUGCGUUACCAUGUUAAUAACAUCAUUAAGCGUCCCAGGGGCACACUUACAGUGCGAGCCAAGACAUUAUUCGAAAGAUGGGUCAACACUUUUUGGGGAUUUGGCUUUCAAGAUAUCACAAGCUUACGUUAUUUGGCGAGGGGCAGGAAUGUCUAUUCAAGGAGUUCGUACUUGUGGUGAUUAUAUGUUUAGUGGACACACAGUGGCUCUAACAAUGCUUAAUUUCUUUAUUACAGAAUAUACUCCAAGAAAUUUAUACUUCCUCCACACGGUAACAUGGAUAAUGAACAUGUUUGGCGUCUUCUUCAUCCUAGCUGCCCAUGAACAUUAUUCGAUAGACGUGUUUAUAGCGUUUUAUAUAACGAGUCGUCUCUUUCUUUAUUAUCACACGUUAUCGAAUAAUCAAGCGCUGAUGCAACGCGAUUCAAAUAGGACGCGUGUUUGGUUCCCGCUCUUUUCGUAUUUUGAGGCGAGCGUAGAUGGCAUUGUGCCAAACGAAUACGAUUCUCCAGCAGAUAUAGCCCUUAACCUUUUUGUUUUUAUCAGAACGAAAGCGUGUCUUCUGACGACACUUGGCGGCGUAAUUAAUCACAAUAACAAUAACAAUCGUCAUCAUCGGAAUGAGACGUUUACUUCGUGCGGUAAUAGUACUAAUGAUAAGGAUAAAUAAUAAUGAAAGAACUUAAAAGAAAAUUAAUUUAAUAAAGGAAUGAGUAUGAAACGGGAUAAGAAAAUUUUUUUUUGUUAUAAGAAGUAAUUUAUUAUCUAUUUAUUUCUUUGUUGUAGUAAGUAAUUUAUUUUUGAGGAGUUUUGUAAUGAAGGGAAACAAAAAAAAGGUGUAAAAGUUGUUUGUAAAUAACCUAAAGACUGGUACAUAUUUUCCAAAAAUAAGCACAUAAUCUUAAGAAAGCGGUUUAAAAAAUAUUUAUUCAUCCACCAAAGAGAACAAUAAAGAAGAUUAUAUUCGUAUAUUUUAAAGUAAAAAAAAAAUAAGACAAAAAAUAUUAAAAACAAAAAAGUAUUGAUUUUAAUAAUUAAUAAUUCACAAAUAAAGAGAAUUCCAUUUACAUUUUAGAUGGUUUAGUCACAGUUACAUAUGUGAUAUAGUUUACUUUUGUAAGGUAAAAAUCGUUAAAUUUUUUUAUAUCAUCAAAUUAUUAGGGAGAUAUUAUACCAUCUUUCAUUUUUUAUAUGACUUUUUUUUGUAAAAAAUGUGAUAUUUUAAGUGAAUUUAUACAAGAAAUUAAUCUAUCUAAAUUAUGUUAAAAAAGCUUCAAAAUCCCGCGAUUUUUACAAUAUAUUCAUGUUAUUAAAAAACUCUAGUUACCAUAAA